AUGCAGCCGUGUCGUGGUACACGCGUGAUUCAUUUGUAUAUCGCCUCUUAAAUAAAGCUCUUCGAACAAGAGAUAUUGAUAUUAUAUUUAAAUUUCGAUUUUUCAUUGCUGAUCUUUAUCGACAAUUACAAAAAGAAUAUUCGAAAUUCAUGGAACGUUUCACGGAUCACGAAUACUUUCUAACGGUGUAUCGAGGACAGCAUUUAAAAGCUGAUGAAUUAUAAGAGCUAAAAGACAAUAUUGGCCGACUAAUUUCAAUGAAUACUUUCAUAUCAACAACAAAUAAAAAAGAAGUGUUAUGAAGGACGCAAGAUGAAGUACUUUUUUUCAAUAGGGGCCAUAUUUCGAAUAGAAUCUGUCGAAAAAUCAACUGGGAGUGAAAUCUGGAGUGUAGAAUUGUUGUUGAAUCGUGAAGUCGAUGAACAGUUGAAAGUGCUGAGCGAACAGAUAAGAGAAGAACAUGAUCAAUCAUGUGAUUUAAACAUGUUGGGACAUCUAUUAAGUCAAAUGGGUGAAUAUGCUAAAGCUGAACGAUAG